UCCGAGUUAUCAUAAAUUUGAUUUAUUUUAGUUAUAGUUUUUUUUAUAAUUAAAAAAUAAUUUCUUUUUUAUAAAAUUUUUGUUUGGGUCUCCACAUGCAAUAGGGAGAUAAAAAGGGUCCACGAAUCUUUGACAAUUGACACUCAAAAACACUUAUCACUGUUUUCUCUCUCUAGAAAACUGAGUCUCUUCACCUUCUUUCUUUCUUUUCUGGGUGUUGUUUGGCUCCAUUUUUUUACCCCUUUUCUGGGAAAAUUAAGGAGAAAAAUCCAGAAAAAACACACUCCAAAUAUAGUUUCUCUAAUUUUUUUUUAAUUUUUUUUUUUUUUUUUGGUGUUAUUGGAGGUGUAGCAACUAGCAAAGUGAGGAAGUUGUAAUACUUUGAAAUGGUACUGAGUAUUUUCUGAGGGUAAAAUGGAGAGGCUUGAUGAAAUGGGAUUUUAUGGGGAUCAGUAUGACCCAAACAACAUGAUAAUGGUUGGAGAAAACAUUAUCAAUAAUAAUAAUAAUAAUAAUAAUAAUAAUAAUAAUAAUAAUAAUAGCAGUAUUAACAAGGAAAAUUCUGGAAGUGACAACUAUGAAAGUCUCUCAGUUGGGGAUGUUCCUAAGCUUGACCCUGAACCUGAACUUGAGGGACCUUCUCAAGUUAAACCUAAAGGAAGGAGAAAGAGAUAUCAUAGGCACACUCCUCAACAAAUUCAAGAACUUGAGAAUUUCUUUAAGAACUGUGCUCACCCAGAUGAAAAACAAAGGCUUGAAGUUGGAAAGAGGCUUGGAUUGGAGAGCAGGCAAGUUAAGUUUUGGUUUCAGAAUCGUCGAACGCAGAUGAAGACACAAAUCGAAAGAAAUGAAAAUCUAGUCCUUAAGGCCGAAUAUGAUAAACUUCGAGUUGAGAACAUUGCAAUGAAGGAUGCUUUGAGAAAUCCAUUGUGUCAAGCUUGUGGAGGUCCGACUAUGCUAGGGGAUGUAUCCAUUACUAAUCACCAUUUGAGGGUUGAGAAUGCUCGUUUGAAGGAUGAUCUUGCCCGGGUUUGUGCUGUUGCUGAGAGGUUCAUUGGCAAACCGAUAACUGAUUUGGUUGGUCCAAUUGGAAUCCCCACUUCAAGCUCAAACUUGGAGCUAUCCAUGGGGAGAGGAGGGCUAGGUGGCCUAAUGAGCUCAUCGUCCUCAUUACCCAUGGGACUUAACCUCGAAAAUGGACUUUCGAGCAAUUCUACCAUGAUAGUAUCUAUGAAUGGUUCUGUCAGCACCGAGUAUGAGAAGUCGAUAUUCAUGCAGGCUGCAAUGGCUGCUAUGGAUGAAUUGCUUGCCAUGGCUCAGACUGAUAGUCCUCUGUGGUUUAAAGGCUUGGAUGAUGGUAAGGAACUGCUGAAUCAAGAGGAAUAUGUCAAGAAAUUCUCCAGUUUUACCGGAAUGAAACCUUGUGGCUUCAUUACCGAUGCUUCAAGGGAGACAAGUUCAAUAUUCAUCACUAGCUUGGAGCUUGUGGAAACAAUGAUGAUUCCUAGGCAAUGGCGAGACAUGUUUCCAUGCAUGGUUAGCAAAGCUGCAACUGUCGAGGUCCUGUACCAUGGUGCUGGUGGGACUCGUGAUGGGGAACUUCAGAUGAUGAGCGCAGAGUUAGUGUUUCCCUCACCUUUUGUGCCUUCCCGUCAUGAGAAGAUAUUGCGGUACUGCAAGCAGCAUGCAGAAGGCAUGUGGGCCGUGGUUGACGUUUCUGUUGACAUGAUCCGAGACCCAUCGUAUUCAGGAUCGUCCAUCAAGUGGAGGAGACUUCCUUCUGGUUGCAUUGUUCAAAAUGUUGCCAAUGGUUAUUCCUUGGUUACGUGGAUUGAACAUACGGAAUAUGAUGAAAAUAGUAUUCACCAACUGUAUAGACCAUUGCUGCGAUCAGGAGUGGCUUUUGGCUCUCAAAGGUGGAUAGCCACCUUACAGAGGGAACGUGACUGUGCUGCCAUUUUCAUGUCCGCUAGAAUAGUUCCUAAUGAUACUACAGGAGUUAUCACCCAAGAGGGCAGAAGAAGCAUCUUAAAGCUGAUGAGGCGCAUAAGCAACAAUUUCUCCUCAGGGCUCUGUGCAUCCUCUGCCUGUCGCUGGGAGAAGCUGCAAGUUGGAGUAUUGGGUGCUGAUGUUUGUGUCAUGAGCCGAGUCAGUGUGGACGAGCCCGGUGAGCCCUCCGGUGUGGUGCUUAGUGCCUCAACUUCCGUUUGGAUUCCAGUACCAAGGCAGCACAUCUUUGAAUUCUUACGGGAUGAAAAACUCCGUGGAAAAUGGGACAUCUUAGCCAAUGGUGGCCCGAUGGAAGUGGUAGCUCGCCUUUCCAAGAGCCAUGACGUGAAUAAUUGUGUUUCCCUCUUAUGUCCACCUGCUGCACCAGCAAGGGAGAGCAACAUGCUGAUACUACAGGAGUCAUGGACAGACCGUACGAGCUCUUUCAUCGUAUAUGCUCCGGUGGACUCAACAUCAAUGGAGACGGUCCUGAGGGGCGGAGAUUCUGACUAUCUGUCUCUUCUGCCCUCAGGAUUUGCAGUUGCUGAUGCACCCAUACAUCCAAAUGUGCUUACAUUGGCCAAUGACAAUGGAGCAGGAGGUUCUGGUGGCGGAGGUGCAUCUGCAUUGACAUUAGGAUUCCAAAUUCUGGUUAACAGCCUCCCUACUGCAAAGCUCACAGUGGAAUCCAUCAAUACUGUCAAUGAUCUUAUGUCCUGCACUAUCCAGAAGAUCAAAAAUUCCCUUGGUGCCAAUUGACACAUUUUGCUAAAGAAAAUCAAGGGAAAAUUGUUGUACAUGUCAUAGAAAACAUUAUAUAGUAUUUUUGGUGGUUUACUAGGAGUUUUCAUAUGGAAGUCUUUUACAUUGGAGCAAUUCGAGUCAAGAACGAACCUUUGGCAAUUACUGGCUGUUAUUGUGCGGUAAUUUCUGACAAUCAUCGGUGACUUUUUUAUAGAUAGAAGCAGCUAAUUUAGAGGCUUGGGUUCGGGUAUUGACUCAUAACAGCAAAAGGUGGAAACUUACAUUAGCAAUAGCUUUAAAGACAUAGUGAAGUGUUGUUCUGUGUUUAGAUAGUUCUCGAAUGGUUAUAGAAGAGUAGGACUCAGGUGAAGAACUGAAGAAAACAUACUGCAGCUUAUGUUGAGACUGCUGAUGUUUUCACAUUUCUGAAUCUUUUGUAAGUUUGAAACUUGGUGGGUGUUGUUUAUCUUAUGGUAGCAAUUAAAGUUGGCAAAUUUUGUGUGGAAUCAUGUUUUGAGUUCUUUGAACUCUUUGGAACUUCUAUUUUUAUUACCUAGUUAUCCUAUACUGAGUGAGUCACUAAACACAGCCCAUGAUUACUUUUUUUUUGAGUCUAUCAUUACUCAUUUACAUCCAAGACGAAGAUGUUGGAGGCCCUUAGAGCCAAUAUGAUGGCCUGCUACUUUUUAUUCGAUCUGCCGAAGCAGGUGACAACAUCGUUUUGGUGGUGAUCAUCUUAUUGGUGGAAGCUUCCACUUGCUCACGACAUGGUCUUUGGAUACAAAUAAAAUUAACACACAUUAAUAAAAUAAAGGAAAAAUUGGUAAAAACAAUUCCAUCUUUCACGUAUUCGUUUUAAAUAAUCCCAACUUAGAGGUUUAUUCGCUUUCUUUGAUCCUUAACUGGUUACUAACCUGUUAUAAUAUAUUAAAAUAACACAUGCCGCCAUUUGAUUGGUUGAAAAUUUAAAAAAAAAAAAAAAAAAAACUUUCAAAAAUUGAAAAAAAAAAAGAAAAAACUUAAAAAAAAACUGGCAGCCUCCACCCACGAACCACC